ACACUCCUUCUUCGCUUAGUAAGUUAAUAUCUGUCUUUAAGGAGGAGAUCGAGAGACUCAUUUGAAUCCGAUCGAGAGGAGAUGGAGAAGGCGAUUACUCGGCAGCGCGUCCUGCUUCAGCAUCUCCAUCCCUCAGCUGCUGCAUCUUCGCCUUUGAUCUCGGCUUGUGUGUGUGCCGCUGGGGAUAGCGCUGCCUACCAGAGGACCUCUUGCUUUGGGGACGACGUCGUGAUUGUCGCUGCUUACCGAACUGCAAUUUGCAAGUCGAAGCGAGGGGGUUUCAAGGAUACAUACCCCGAAGAGCUGCUUUCUGCUGUUCUGAAGGCUUUGCUGGAUAAGACCAAACUCAAUCCAAAUGAAGUGGGUGAUAUAGUGGUUGGUACCGUUCUGGCACCAGGCUCCCAAAGAGCAAGUGAAUGCAGGAUGGCUGCAUUCUAUGCUGGUUUUCCUGAAACUGUUCCAGUUCGAACUGUGAACAGGCAGUGCUCAUCAGGACUUCAGGCAGUUGCUGAUGUUGCCGCCGCUAUCAAAGCGGGGUUCUAUGAUAUUGGGAUUGGUGCUGGUUUAGAAUCCAUGACUGCAAAUGCAAUGUCUCGGGAUGGUCCAGUAAAUCCAAAAUUGAAAGAGUUUAAACAAGCCCAAGAUUGUCUUCUUCCCAUGGGAAUUACUUCUGAGAAUGUUGCACAACGCUAUGGGGUGACCAGGAAAGAGCAAGACCAGGCUGCUGUUGACUCUCAUAAGAAGGCAGCUGCUGCCACUGCUUCUGGUAAAUUUAUUGAGGAAAUUGUUCCUUUGACGACAAAGAUUGUAGACCCAAAAACUGGUGAGGAGAAGCAGGUGACUAUUUCUGUUGAUGAUGGAAUUAGGCCAGAGACAUCUCUCUCUGGUUUGGCAAAGCUAAAACCAGUAUUUAAGAAGGAUGGAAGCACAACUGCUGGCAACUCUAGCCAAGUAAGUGAUGGUGCUGGAGCUGUCCUCUUGAUGAGGAGGGAUGCAGCAAUGCAGAGAGGACUUCCAAUUAUUGGUGUUUUCAGGAGUUUUGCUGCAGUUGGAGUGGACCCUGCGGUGAUGGGUAUUGGCCCAGCUGUUGCAAUUCCAGCUGCAGUAAAAUCUGCUGGCCUUCAGAUUGAGGAUAUCGACUUGUUUGAAAUAAAUGAGGCAUUUGCAUCGCAAUAUACAUACUGCUGCAAGAAACUGGAACUGGAUCCAGCAAAAGUAAAUGUUAACGGAGGUGCUAUUGCUAUCGGCCACCCCUUGGGCGCGACAGGUGCUCGCUGCGUGAGCACACUCCUAAACGAAAUGAAGCGCAGAGGCAGAGAUUGCCGGUUCGGGGUCAUCUCCAUGUGCAUAGGUACUGGAAUGGGUGCCGCUGCUGUCUUUGAACGCGGUGAUGCUGUGGAUGAGCUCACCAAUGCCAAGAGGAUCCAUUCCGGCAACUUAUUAUCCAAGGAUGCUAAGUAGGACAACUCUCCAAGAAGUUCAUUUAUCGACAUUGUUCCUAUUGAAGGUUACUAUUGUAUGUGCUGGAUUCGAGCAGAUAGUUCGUAAAGGACGCGACCAUUGAUAGUCUGGAAUAAACUUCAGUAGAAUUCUGCGAAAUUUGCAUGUUACUAAAGUACAAGUUUUGCUAGCAAGUUAAACGUAUGGCAGAGUAAGAAACAUAUGAAAUUAUAUCACACAUUGUUCAUACGCAUUUGGCUUCA